AUGCCCGGCGGCAGCGCGGCGCCCCCGCCCGGCGGAGACCCGGAGCUGGCCCGCGCCCGGCUAGCGGGCAAGCCCCGGCGGCGGGCGGAGGAGGCGGCGGGCGGCUCGGCGCUGCCCGGGGCCGUGCGGGCGCUGGAGCUGGCCGAAGCCCGGCGGCGGCUGCUGGAGGUGGAGGGCCGGCGGCGGCUGGUGCUGGAGCUGGAGAACCGGGUGCAGCAGCUGCACCGCGUCUUCGUGCAGGCCGAGCUGCGCAUGGCCGGCCGCGCCGAGAGCCUGGCCCGCCUGGGCAGCGGCGCCGGCCAGGCUCAGAUCUACCUGGCGGCCCACGGGCAGCGCCUCAAGAAGAGCCUGCGGCGCUCCCGCAAGGCGCGGCCGCCCGCCCUGCUGGCCUCGGCGCUGGGCGGCUGCGUGCCCUGGGCGGCGGGCAAGCUGCGCCGCGGCCGGCCGGAGCCGCCCGAGUCCCCCUUUAAGAGGAGCCUGCAGGGGCCGCCGGGGCAGCCCCCGGCCUGAGAGCAGAGAGGGGGCGCCGGCCGG